CAAAUAAAAGUUUAAAAAAUAAUACUUGAUACUUUUUCUGCUUGGCAACUGAUACCAAAGAACGUAGACGUAGAACGUCUUUUGCCCUAGUGCGUGUUUUGAUUGGAUUAAAAGAGAAGGGACGCCCCUGUUGUGCACUUUUGCCACAAUUAUAACGAGUUGUCCCUUCUUGUUAUCUACGUUCUUUGCCAUUAGUCACACCCAAGUUUGAGUGAUCUACAAGUUACAAGUGUUCUCAGCAUUUAACAGUUCAUUAUCAUGUACGGUGUAAUAUAACAAAUUAUACACUGAACUAUGAUAAUCUGUACUAAUAUCUAUAAUAAUAGACAAUAAUUUGCAAUAUUUUUCACUUUUGCAAUUAGUUUCGGGCACUAUUACACAGCCAUGACUUGCGCUACUCUGCCAUAGUACGGUUGUUGCUCCCUUUCAUACCACAGUAAUUUUGUAUACAACUCUGAAUCAACAAAAUUCAUGCCCUUCUCAUUAACAACACUGCUCAGAAUUAACCCCUGAGGAUACUCAAAAAGUAAUAAACUGUUAUAAUGUGCCCAAAAAAGCAAACCUGGGAAAUGGAAGAGGAAGAAAAGGAAACGGAUAAAUUUGAUUAGCAAAGCAAAAAGCAAACAAAAAUGUCACGAAUACCAUCAAAAGAUAAGUCCUGAAAAAAGGAUCAUGAAAAAGGAGAAAGCCAAUCCAAGAAGAAUUUUUCACCGAGCAUACAUUUUCUUGUAAGAAAAAACAGUAAAAAAAUUCUUAUUGGUGAACGAAUAAUUAAAAAAAAAACUAUACGUAUUAAACAUUCGUUUAACAAAAUAAAGGAAGAAGUGACUGAAAUUGUUCUCUGAAGCUACGCUCAUCCCAUUUAUAAAGAUGAAUAAUCUGGAUCAUGUUAAAAAUUUUUAUCCGGAAAACUACAAGUUAGAUCUAUCAGAGACAAUGAAAGCCGCCCUUUCGAAAGGCCCAGGAGGAGUAAGUGUUGGUGGGCUUGGUAGUGGGGUUGGUGGUGGCUCGGCUGGUGCCAGCGGCAGUGGUGGUGCUCAUGGAAUGGGCACAACAGUGUCCCAUGGCGAUUUGCAGACUGGCAGCAAUUCUGCAAUUCCUGGUGUUGGAUAUGUUACGGAAAAGCUGUACAUGCUAUUGCAGCUAUACUUGCAAAAUAAAGGAUGGAAUCCCAGUGCUGAAUUAUUACAAUGUUUCACGGAUUUAAAAGACAACGCUAUGCUGCCUAGCGCAGCCUAUUUGCAGGUUCUUGCCAAUCGCCUAACAUUAGACGCACAAGGACGGUUGAUACUACGUGAAAAUGGCAAAAUUGUACUACCAUUUGAACAUUUUGCUAAUGCUGUAAUGCUUAAACACAUGUCUGGACCACAUGGGUUACAUUUAAGUGUUGAAGCCACUGUGCGCGCUGUCAUCGAAUCAUACACCAUAGGUCGAGAAAAUUUUGGCAUGGAAAAAGAAUUUAUUAUUGAAGUAGUGCAGUCUUGCCCUAGCCCAGCAUGUCGCUAUUAUAAAAACCAUCUAGGAUUGUCGCCAUUACCCUUUAUGGAGCAGCAAUUUCCCGGAGUUAAUCCGGCAGACUUCCUACAACAUUUACCACACUUGCCUCCACCACCGCCACCACCUCAUUCAAUGGUGACCGGAUCAGCAAACAGUGGUGUGCAGUCAUCAGGAUCUGGAAGCUCCGGAGGGAGUAGUAGCAAUGUUGGUUCUAACAGUGGCAGUUCAGUAAGCAGUGGAGGAGAAGUCGAUUUAACAAAAAGUUCGCCAGCUUCACAUGCGUCAACUCCCAAGGUACCUGUGGUGCCACCACAGUUACAAAUGCUCACAAAGCAGCAGCAAAACAGUAUACAAUCUCAGUUGUCGCAGCUUAGUGCUGCUGCAGCCGCCGCUGCACACCAUCAGCAGCAACAACAACAAGCAGCUGCCGCUGCUGCUGCGGCCGCUGCUGCAGCUGCAGCCAAGCAACAACAGCAACAACAGGCUCAGGCACAGGCUCAAGCAGCAGCUGUGGCUCAGCAACAACAGCAACAGCAAUUGACAGCAGCACUUUUACAGCAGCAACAGAGCCGGGCACUGGCUCAACAAAGCUUGGAAAAAUUCAACAAUUUGAGUGCUUUGGAAAAACAGCGAGUGCUACAACAGUUAGACCCUAAACAUUUUGAUCCAAUGGUGGUGGCUGCGGCUGCCGCUAAUUUACAACUGCAAGGAAUCAAUGAUUUUAGGGUUGCCGCAAUUGCUGCCGCAGCUGCACAAGCCGCUGGAAGUUCUUCUAUGGUAUCUAAUGCUGCAGCCGCUUCUGCAAUUGCCACUAGUACUGGCAUGAAUAGCAACAAUAAUAAUUUGGUUGGAAGUGGAACUAGCAGCAGUGGUGUGGGAAACUGUAGCAGCCCAGCUGUUUUGCCAUCAACUAGUACUAACUUAAGCACCAGUGCCAGUAGCAGUGGCGGAGGACACAGUUCUGCUGGUAAUCCUGGCAACACUACCAUCAUGGGUAUUAGCGGCAACACUAACAGCAGCAAUGUCCAUCAUAACCAUCAGCUGCCCCCACCAUCGCAAUCACCUAGUGCUCAUUCCAGCCACUCUGCAUCAUCGUCUUCAUCACAUUCAACUGAACAAAUGGUGCAAAAAAAUGUUGAGCUUUUGCGUUCCAAUUUGGAAUCGAUUGAAUCUAAUAAAGACUUGCUUGCCUUGCAUAAUGGCGCCUGGACUGUGCCAGAUAAUAAUCGUGAACCUUUACCAGUAGGCCAAGACAAAAUAGUACGCAUUUUUGCAGAACUGAUGCGGAACAUGGCACGUAUGAAGACUUAUAUACGCCCAUCAAUGUGUAAACCGUAUGGCAAGCAGAGCGAAAGCUUACAAAAAACACUUUUAGACACAAUUCAAAUCGUACAAACCCUACGUAAUUGUUUGCCAGCACCACAUAUUCCGGUAUCUUCGUGGAAGAGUGAGAGUGAAGGCAACGCUGGAUUAAUAACUUCUAACAGUGGUGCGGUAGGUAAUUCCGGUACUAACAUAAUGAGUGGAUCUGUUAGUGUUGGUGGUGGUGUAAUGGUUUCAAAUCGAGUGGAGAAUUUGACCAAUUGAAUGUAAGCAAAUAGUUUUAGUUUUCUCGUUGUUCAUCUAUAAGUCUGUUCCAGGUACUUCAGUAUUUUGCAAGAAGGCUGUUCCCGUACGACACCUUACAUAGGGUUUAUUAAUGUCGAAAACACAGCAUUCGAAAAUCCUGAAGUACCUGGAUCAGGCUUUAUAAUAAGUAUUUGCAAAAAAAUUUCGUUUAUAUUACUUUUCCCCAGAAAGAGUUUUAGCUAAAAUCGGUUAAUAAUGAACUAAAUUAUACUGUUUUAAGUCAUCUGAGUCCUAAUCCAAGACUUUUUUACAACCAAAUUAUACCAGGUGAUCAGUCAGGCUUGAUGAUGCGCCUCAAGACGCUGAGUUGCACAUUUCAACCGAUUGGUAGCCAAGAGCCAACAAAAUUUAGAUGGUUUGAGUAUAAAAACGAAGUGUAGGAAAUAGUAUAAUGACAAAUACAGUGCAAAGUUUUCACAAUUCAAUUAAAUUAGCCAAGUUCAAAACAAUACCAUUUGUAGGUGGGCACUAAAAAUUGGAGAAGCUCGGCCAAAACCAGCAAAAUGGCUUUUCUUUGUAAAUCACUUAUCAAGGGCUUACAUAACUAUGCAAUACCAUCUAUCUGCAAUUUUCACAAAAAUUACUUUCCGAUCUUAGAACCUAUCUGGGAAGUAACUGUCAUCACUGAUGUCAAAUUUAUCUUUGCAAUUCUAUAGUAAGUUCUUCUAACAAGCGAUAUACAAGGUCAACAUUACCUAACAUCAUCGAUGAAAUAUAAGCCUUAAGUGGAUUUCAUAUCAGAAAAAAACUUCUUGAAAAUUGAAUAUAAACCGUCAGUAUAUACAACUGUGAAAGCUUAUCAAAAUGUUUUCACUCUUGAUUAUAUCGUCACUAGAGACGAAUAAAGGCGCGCGCUAGUGUUUCGACAGCGAAAAAAGACGUAUAAAAAAAAUUGUACGAAAAA